CUGAAACUACUGCUUAGCCUGGGUGAGAAGAAAACGUUCUCUGAGUUCAAAAGGUACAACUACCACUGAUUGUGUACUACACGUUACGUAGAAGUUUUGAAUGAGCGGGAGGUCACUCUGUUGAUAUGUAGGAUAAUAUGGCUUCAUGUUUCCUCGAGCAAGAGGUGACAGUCAGACUGUGGUCCGACUUGAAAACCCCUAGCCUACCGUUGAAAAAACGUCAAGUUGAACUAUUUGGACCACCUACUUUAGAAAUGAGUGAGUGAACUCCAACUCCAGGUCUACAUAUAGCCUAAUUAACAUGGAGUUUUCAGCGAUAAAGAACUGUGAUGAUAUAUUUUCGGGUUUUUGUCAAAAGGGAUGCGGACUACUCCACCACAAAAAUGCAGUGAAUGAGGUGGACCAUUGCUGUAUGACAGCACUACGGGAUCGAAACGAAGUUUUGCAGGCGUGGAAUGACAAAAUUGCGUCCGAAGUCAGAAAACUCUGUAUUACCUGGGGAAAACGGGAGCAAUUUCUGCUAUCCCAAUUAACAGCUCUACAGAACGAAGCACAGGUCAGCGCCGUGAAAUACCAGCAGAGGCUAAAGCAGUAUAUGCUUUCCAUCAGUAGCAUAUUGGAUCAGAUCAGUGGCUCAUAUGAGAGUGGACAGCUUCAACGUUUGACCAUCACCUUGCUAAGAACAGAGGGAAUUUUGGGAUUCCGAAUUAUGGGGGGAGAACUUGAUCAGACUGACUCAGAAGGAUCUGGGAUCUUUGUGUCCCACGUGUCUGUGGAGGGUCCUGCUGGCAGAGCAGACGGUCUGCAGGUGCAUGACCGGGUACUGGAGGUGAAUGGGAAGGACCUCUCCAGGGCCAGCCAUGAGGAGGCUGUGGAGGCCUUUCGCAGUGCCAAGGACCCCAUCGUGGUGCAAGUCCUCCGGCGAAACCCCGUGGCACGGGGCCAUGGGCCCACUCAGGAGGUCCAGGUGGUGGAUGUGUGCACGCAGACGGAGAUCACGUUUGAGCACAUCAUGGCUUUGGCUAAGCUACGCCCGUCAACACCACCUGUGCCUGAUAUCUGCCCAUUUCUGCUCUCAGACAGUUGCCAGUCGCUCCACACCAUGGAGCAGGAGUUCUACGACGGCUCGGAGUACCUCUCCAACAUGGCGGUGGACGUCGAGAGGACGGAUGACUUUGAGUACGAGGAGGUUGAGCUGUGUCGGCUGAGCAGUCAGGAGAAGCUGGGCCUGACCCUGUGCUACAGGACAGACGAGGAGGAUGACAACGCCAUCUACGUCAGUGAGGUCGGCCCGAACAGCAUCGCCGCCAGAGACGGUCGCAUUCGAGAAGGGGACCGCAUUUUGCAGAUAAAUGGGCAGGAUGUGCAGGACCGAGAGGAGGCGGUGGCGGUGCUCUCCAGUGAGGAUUGCAGGAACAUCAUGCUGCUGGUGGCGCGGCCUGAGCUGCAGCUGGAGGAUGGGUGGUUGGAUGAUGAACACAGCGAGUUCCUGGAGGAGCUGAAGAUGGAGAUGCUGGAGGAGCAAAGAAGAGAGGAUGAGGAGAUGGAGAGAGCUGCUAAGCUACAAGACCAGCUCAGGAAGAGACCGGAGGGUGACAUCAUCGGCGACUCGACGGCCACCUGUUCCUCCUCCGCCAACCAGGACAAGGACAGCGGGCUGGGCCACACUGACGUCAGCUCGGAGCAGGACAUGCUGGCGCACAUCCAGAAGAGGCUGUCCCAGUGCCUGCGUGAGCGCCGGGAGGCCUGCCACCCUGCCGAGGGGCCCGUCUCGGGGAGCCGGUGCCCGGGGGAGGAGCCCGUGGCGGAGGGCGACCGCUUCCAGCAGCUGCUGGAGCUCAAGUGCCAGAUCCGCAACAGCGGAGAGUACGACCUGUUCUACAGCCGCAGCAGCACCAUCGAGUGCAGCCUGACGGAGCCCAGCGGCAUGGGCGGCGGCGGCGGCGUGGAGCGGGAGCUGCGCAUGCUGAACGAGGAGCUGCGCAGCAUCGAGCUGGAGUGCCAGAACAUCAUGCAGGCGCACCAGCUCCGCAAGCGGGAGCCGCGGCAGGCGCUGGCCAAGGAGCAGGGCAGCCCGAGCCGGCAACACCAGAGCCAGGCUGGAGGCAGCGGGACGGCAGGAAAGCUGGCCAACAUCAAGGAGCACCCGGAGAAGUCGGACAAGGACAGUUCGAGCGCCUACAACACGGCGGAGAGCUCGCGCAGCACGCCGCUGGCCAUGGACCGCUCGCCCGAGCACUCGCUGCAGAGGAUAGUCAGCCUGACCAACCAGCGCAACCUCCGCAGCACCCUGGCCGCCGGACGCUGUCCUUCCUCCCCGCUGUCCUCCUACUGCCCCGCCCGCCGCGCCCCCAGCGGGAGCCCCGACCACAGCAACCCGUCCGAGUCGGACCAGACGCUGCCGGCCGACGACGAGGCCUCUCCCGCCCACCAGCAACAGGCUCUGCGGCCCUCGCGCAUCCCCUACUUCUCGCCCAGCCACAACUCGCCGUUACGGCACACCAACAUCCCGGCUCACGCCCGCCACUACCAGAGCUACAUGCACCUGAUCCAGCAGCGCUCGGCUGUGGAGUACUCCCAGAGCCAGCUCAGCCUGUUCAGCAUGUGCCCGGAUCCGCAGCCUUCAGCGGAGCAGCAGCAGCAGUCCUCGGAUGUCAACGACCCCAAGCUGGAGUGGAAGGUGAAGGUGCGCAGCGACGGCACGCGGUACAUCACCAAGCGGCCGGUGCGCGACCGGCUGCUCCGCGAGCGCGCGCUCAAGAUCAAGGAAGAGCGCAGCGGCGGAAUGACGACCGACGACGACGCCAUGAGCGAGAUGAAGAUGGGCCGCUACUGGAGCAAAGAGGAGCGCAAGCAGCAGCUGACCCGGGCCAAGGAGCAGCGGCGCCGGCGGGAGUUCAUGCAGCGCAGCCGCCUGGAGAGCCUGCGCGAGAACCCGCAGAGCGGCGGGGAGGGCUCGGGCUCCGGCCCGGGCUCGGGAUCGCCCCGCAAGGAGGUCAGCAUCAUCGAGCUCAGCCACCGCAAGAUGAUGAAGAAGCGCAACAAGAAGAUCCUGGACAACUGGAUGACCAUUCAGGAACUGAUGACUCACGGCGCCAAGGCGCCCGAGGGAGCCAAAGUCCACAAUGCCUUCCUGUCCGUGACCACUGUAUAGAGAACUGUACAAAACGAAACAAGCAAAGACGACAAAAGACAAACUCAGACUUUACCCCAUGCGGUAUUAUCUACUUUGCCUCGUUCAAUGUGGCAUUUUUAUGUGGAGGGAAAAGACGAGUAAAGAAAACUAUUUUUCACACUUUGUAACCGAAUAGCAUUUUAUAAACAAUUUGAAGAAGCGUAUCAUUCCAUAUCUUGCAUUUUAUGAUGUUUUGUUUCUCCUCGCUGUUUUUCAUCUUUCGGAAAUGCUUUUAUACGAAACUACCAAGCCAAGUGCAUUUUUUUACGUUUAAUCCUGUAUGUCACAUCCCACACAAUUUUUAACGGUUGCAUUCCGUGACUAGACCCACGCUCAGUUCCUGAUAGGUGUGCAUACUUUCAAAUAAGGUUUUAAUACGAAUGUAAUACACCACACAACAGCUCUCCUCAUUGGUUUAUGGGAAAUGUAGUCUGCUGCAGGGUUGGCUUUUUAUCAUUCUCUGGAAAACUUGUAUUUCUUUGUAUUCAGUACAAUGACACAACACAGCCGACAGUUGAUGUGAUGGGCGAUAAUGACAUGACACCAAUGAACACCAAACUGUUGAACCAGCAUAUCUUCUCAGGAUUUGAUUACCCAGACAACCCUUGAUACACAGGUCCAAUGAGCCUCUUAGAGUUGGGCUUAACAUUUGCAUCAUUCGAACUCUCUCAGUGUGAAUAUCUGUUGUUAAGCUUUUACCCUUUGUAGCUUUUAUAUGUGCUGGUGUAUGGAUUUCAAUCAGAGUUAAAGGCCACACACUGAACUCACAUAACUUGACUGUCUUGGUUGCAAGGGACCAAUGAAGAAAGACCAAGAUAAGUUAUUCAUUUUAGUUUCUCCUCAGAGCCUACUGGCUAUGUUCACAUCAGGCUUACUAAUGACCUCUUCAUACAAGUCAGUGGGCAUUUCUUUAGAGAGUGGUAAACAAUCAUCCUAAUUCCAAAUAAACAUUUAGCAGCUGGGAGCCACACACAGUGCUAUGUAUCUGAUUGCAAGUCGUUGAUACAGCAAAGUACAUUAAAACCGUUAAGCACAAUGUUGCCUCACUACCAAUACCAUCUUAACAUUCCUACUUACUGUCAGGGCACAGAGGCUCAAAAGAUAGCUUGACGUGCCAUUCAUCCACAGGUACACUUUUUUAACAUUUCCUAUAAAUGAAUCAUUCAUGAAAAUAAGUCUUAAUGACAGUGAAUCUAUCCUCUGCAUACUUACAGCCCAAAUAUGAAUGAGGUACAGUUGCAUAAAAAGUAGCAUAUUAACAAUUAACAUUGUUAAUAAUUUAGUGCAUACGAUAAAAUGUAAACACAGUAAGCAUAGCCCUUUAUACACACUGUAUCUUCAUUCAUAUUUAGCAAAUAUUCCCUAAAAGUGUGCUUUUUCAGCACAAAGAUGGAUAUUAUUUGGCUACUGACUUUUCAUGAAAGACCAUAUUUUGUGCAGUUUCAGGGGAAUAAAUGUCCUACUUGUCCUAAAUGUCAAGUAAUCAGCUAAUUGACUAAUUGACUGAAGAACUGGGCUUUGCACUUCCCAGCUGUCCGAAGAAAUUAGCAGAUCGUACUGCAUCUUACUUCAGCUCUGCUUAUUGCCUAGGACACAAAGCUGAGAGGUUUAUAUCUCAGCCAACCUUAGCUAAUAUGAUCAUGAGCUCUUUCAGUGUUUAUGCCAUAUAUUGUAUAAUGUCUUUUAACCGCCUUGAGCUCAGUACUCAGAGAUAUACACACAUCAUGGAGAGGGUGGUUGAAUUUCCUGUGAAGGCUUUCAAAUGGUAAUCGCAGUGCAUUAACAUUAAUGUGUAUCAUCGAGGGGCAUUGGCGUACAGCGCACCUGCAAACAUAUCAGUCCAGCAAUCAAAGGCACCCUGAGGAUGUUUUCUCUUGUUCUCGGGUGUUCUGGUCUUUUUACAUUUUCUUUUCUGGUAAAAAUGUACAUUUCAAUUGUAAAUUUGACCAUGUAUUUGUUUGAAGUCAAUGUCAAUGGUCUUAUUUCCAGUAAUAUGUAGUUGGCUUGCUGAUGGCCAAAUUAAUGUGUGGUGAUUGUGUUCUUUGGUUAAAAAAAAUUCAAAUAAACCAUCGUUUCUUUUUUUCCCUAGGAAAAACAGAAAUAGUGAACACUGCAAAUUUGAUGUUGUCUGCACAUGAUGUUUGGAAAUGAUUGUCAGCAAGGUGAAACUGCUUCGUCUUGGCCCCUAAGAACAAAAGACAGACAAAAGAAACUUCAGCUCAGCAUUUUCAGUACAUAAUAUUUUACUAUAAAUAAAACAUUUUAAGUGGCAUAUAUGAAAAACAUUUUAAAUCUCACAUCUCACAGUGAGAGACACCCUUUCUAAACUUUUGGUUUUGAUUUGUAUUAAAUACUGUCCAAUAUAUGCAUUUGUAGCCUCACAUUCCCUUGUUAAAUGAGUCAAACAUUAUCAGAAGCAAAUUUCAAUUAAAAUUCUCUCACACUUGAAUGGUUUUACCCCAGUUAAGGACAUCAGCUACUUAAUCAUUUCAAUGAGCUUGUCUGUGUAUGAGACUCAGUCUUCUUCCUAAUACCACUUUUGCCUGAGUGGACAGUCCUGAAACGGUCACAUAAUAUUACAUAUUUAACCCACAUAACACUAGGUAAGUGGAUGAACAUUACAGUACUCCAGGUAAGGACCAGGAGCAUCGCCAGACUACAUUUACUGGGGCACAUGCCACACUCUUAUCACAGACAAAUCCAUAAACACAUCAGAAAGUUUGCAUUUCAGUCUUUAAAUGUGAUAAAUAUGCUGUUUGGAACCAUAUCGAUUCAAGAAACUACAUUACCCACAGUAUACAAGUAGCCUGUCAGUCCCAGUUUGUUUCAACAUUUAGCAUUAGUAUUUGAUAUUUGGUGACUGACUAAUACUGCGUGAGGAUGAGAAGAAAAUAAGUGAUCCUUGGCAAAGAGAUAGCAAAAAGCUGACUAAUAUUUAAAAUAUUCACAAGGUACACAAGACAUAGUUUAAAUAUUAACAAAGCUAGCAUACUUCACCCACUACCAAGGACUCUAGGCUUAUGUUUGACCAUUGACCAUGGUCCAUUGAUUUAUUUUGCUACUAUUACCAGACUGAGGAAGGGGCCUAAAGACUGCUAUUUCUAUGAUUGUAUCUUGCAUUAAAUAUUUUAUUUUAUUUCUGCCUCAAACUAUUUCUGGUAGAAAUGGCAUGCUACAUUUGCUUAGUUUACAUUCUACCACCAUA